AUGGGUAAGGAAGUCAUCAGAAAGGAAAACGUCAAAAAGUACAUUCACACACCAAUAAAACCAAAGAACGUGGCCACCAACUUUGUUGCUCAAAACAUGCCAUUGGCUGCAAUGUUUUUAAGAAAUAAGGCGAUUGCUUGGGCAUGUCUAUUCUUCACUAUUCAAUCAUACCUUACUGAGCCUUUAAUCAAGGAUACUUCUGACGAUUCUCAACCUGCUGGAUUUAGGUUCUUAUUUGCAUUGAUUGCCUUGGGUACUUCAUAUUUGGAUCUUAUUUUCCCACAAUCAACACCAGCAGCUCUUGGUGCAGCCAUUGCGAAUAAUGCGGCCACCACUGCAGUAGUAGAGGCCGUUGAAACUGCAGCUACUUCUAAAUGA